AACCCUUUGCUUUACCUCUCUUCGUUGUCCAGUGAAUCGAUUUCGAAGAAACAAAGAGGCGUUGGGGCUGACUCCUUUCCCGGAACGAACAAGUCCAUCGGCAAACACGGUGGCUCUUCCGGCCUCUCGAUCGGCGAUCCCCAUUUGAAGAAAUCCAAAGGCGAUGCGUCUGUCUCCUCUCCCGUUCUGAACAAACCCAUCGGCACGACGGGUGACUCUUCCGGCGUCCCCACCGGAGUUAAUCCUCCAAAGGUUGUGAUUGAUAACGAUGUCUACAAGAACGUCACUGUCAUUAAGGUGGAUAGUGCUAAUAAACAUGGGAUUCUUCUUGAAGUUGUUCAAGUCUUGACUGAUCUUAACCUCACCAUCAAGAAAGCUUACAUCUCCUCUGAUGGUGGCUGGUUCAUGGAUGUCUUCAACGUCACUAAUCAAGAUGGGAACAAAGUCACUGAUGAGAUCGUUCUUGAUUAUAUCCGUAAAUCUCUCGGCCCUGAUGAGUCUUCCUGCUACAGUCCGAGAUCAACCAUCGGGGUUAAACAAUAUGUCGACUUCACUGUCAUUGAGCUAACGGGGACAGACAGACCCGGUUUGUUGUCUGAGCUCUGCGCUGUUCUAACCGACCUUCAGUGCAACGUUGUCAACGCCGAGAUCUGGACGCACAGAGCAAAAGCAGCGGCGGUUUUGCAAGUAACCGAGGAGGAAACCUCAUCUGCGGUCACUGAUUCAUAGAGGUUAUCCAAAAUCAGGAAGCUUCUUGGUUACGUGCUCACUGGUGGGAGCAGGAGCAGGAGAUGUCGCGAACCCAAAACCACGGUUUCCUCUUCUCUCAACGCUGACUGUAAGCUUCACCAGCUGAUGUUUGCGGAUAGAGAUUAGGACGAGUGGGAGAAUAAUGUUGAUGAUGAGGAUAAGAUUGGGAGAGUGGUUCCAGAUGUGGAUGUCUCAAACUUGAAAGGAAGUACAAACCAACAUAUUAACAGGCUUCUUACUUCGUUUAUGAUUUUUUUGUGUUUGUUAGGUUUAUAUUCAAGAUCUCAAGCAUACAAUUUGUUCAGCUGUUGAUGUCGUGCACAGUAUGGUGUCUCCUAUAUUCUCACUGAUAUCAAGAACUCGAUCAUUAUUGUAGGUGGUGCUAAUAUGAGAGGGUGGACUGAGAAGAUGAGCGAUGAUGAGCUUGAGAUAGUGAGGAAUACCGGUGGUGUGCUACUUUAAAGAGAGAUCCCAGACUCAAUCAACAUUCAAGUUGCUAGAGAUGUGAAGAGAGCAGUUGUUCCGGUCAUCCUUGACGUGGGAGGAACGGAUACGUUAAUCCCUAAUGAGCUAUUGAAUUCAGUCGACGUCUUAAGCUCGAAUGAAACUGAGCUCAGUCUCUUGACCGAAAAGCAUACUGAAACUUUUGAACAGUUUAGCCAGGCUGUUACCAUAAGUUGGUAUAUAAUUCUUUUUUUGCACAUUACCAGUACUGAAACUCCCAGAUUUUGGUUACUGGCUUUGUGGUUUUAGGCUGAUAGGAUCCUUUUUUAAGUUGUUAUCCCUUUUAGUUUUAUUUGUAUUUGCAUAAAUAUGAUCACAAGAAUAAGUAAAUUAAAAAAGGAUGUUUCAGGUAAGCAUGUCAAUGUGAGCAAAGGUAGUUUCAUGAGGUUUAGCAGCACAUGAGUGUAACAUGUUAUUCCUCUCCCUCCAUAGGAAAUAUAAUGUUCUUCGAGUGACCAGUUUCCUUAGUAACAUACACGAGCGCCCUCCUGUCGGAAAGAGAGGAGACAAGCAAUCCAGUUUCUUUCAAAUUUGAUUAGAUAACAUUAUUGUGUUGAAAAAAAGAAAGUUAACAGUAUUUUAUCAUAUUAUAAAUGAUAUAGUUUAAAUUCCAUAAUCUCAUAUUUGAAAAAAAAAAGAUCUGCGAAAACAUAACAUUGUUUGAAUCAAUUUUCAAAACUAAUCAAACCAUCUGAAAAGCACUCAAAGAAAAAAUAUUUUUUUUUUCAAAUCGUCUAUUUAACAUGUUUCAAACCUUUGAUUAAAGAAUCAUUAGCACCAUUAUCAGAAUUUAUAACGCCGUGGAAAGGUUUCUCAAUCAAAAGAUUUAGAUCAUAGG